AGCUCACCAUGUGUUGUAUGUCAGGUCUGAUCUCUUUGAUUUACAUAUGUGACUGGCUGUGGAAGGUUUUUGUCACCAAUAGUCCAUUUGAAGGAGAAAUAACAAAAGAAGACAGGGGUUUAGUGGUGACAUAACAUCAUUUCCAUACUGUAAUCGGAGGGCGUAGAAAAGGCGAAAGCAUCAUGUUUUCUGGAAUUCAACACAUGCGGAUUUGGAGACUCCAAAUCAGCUUCGACUGCUUGGCGUGCGUCAUUGCGCAGCGGCGCGUCCAGCCCACGGUGGUUAACGGGAAUCUGCUGACAGAGCACAACCAGCUGUUUGUGCAGGCAUAUGUUUGCACGGAUCAGCAGGUGCUACCUUAGAAAAAAGAUACAAUAGGUGUAUGGAAGUGGAGGUUUCAGCAGCGGCGAAUUGAGGGAGAACUCUUUCAUCGAAGGACUCUAAUUUCCAGGAUGCGCUGACGGACGCGUGUGUGACAUGAUCGCGGCGAUAGAUCGGAUCAGAUAAAUUCGACCAGGCGUCUUCCCUCCUUUGCAGCCAUGGCUCACUCCGUGUCUGGAGGGACUGUGCUCACCAUCCUCCUCAUUAGCAGGUUGUUAGAGAACUCGCUGCUCAACGCAGAAGUGAAGGAAGGAGAGAUUCUGCCUCCUACCAUUCAGAGGCUGAUGAAAGGAUACAACAAGUAUCUCAGGCCUUUCUUUGACGAUGGUCCUGUGACGGUGGGAAUGAGUUUGGACAUCGCUAGCAUUGACACCAUUUCUGAGAUCAACAUGGACUACACGGCCACCAUAUUUCUCCGCCAGCGCUGGACGGAUGAGCGCCUGGUGUUCGAGGGCAACAAGAGCCUGAGCCUCGACGGGCGCCUGGUGGAGCUCCUCUGGGUGCCGGACACUUUUAUUGUUGACUCCAAAAAAUCCUUCCUGCAUGAUAUCACCGUGGAGAACAGACUGAUCCGCAUCUUCCCCAAUGGGACCGUCCUUUAUGCUCUGAGGAUCACCACUACUGUGGCGUGCAACAUGGAUCUGACGAAGUACCCAAUGGACAAGCAGACCUGCACGUUACAACUAGAGAGCUGUAAGGACUCUUCACUCUUUGUUAAGAAAACUUGAGCCAUGCUCCUUGAGGCAGGGGCAGAGAGUUGGUGGGUGGGUGUGAUUUCAAGUGAAUGUGAUCAAAACGAGGGAUCAAACGCAUCACUUUCUCUCAUCUUCUACAUCGCUUGCAAAAGCAAGUGCAGUCUUUGCCCAUGUGUGUGCAAAAAAAACAAAAAAAAAAACCACUGAUGUCACAGUGCAUCAGAAGCUGGGACAUUUUAGGUGAAAAUGGAAUAAUCUGUUGUGUUUGGCACUGGAACAGCCGA